AUGGAGAAAAUGUUGAAAAAGUUCAACGUGCAAGACUCCAAAAGAGGCUUUUUGCCUUGCGGUCAUGGACUAUAUCUUUCUAAGGAUAUGAGUCCUAAGACUGAUCAGGAGCGACAACAGAUGCGUAAUAUACCCUACGCUUCAGCUGUAGGUAGUCUUAUGUAUGUAAUGCUAUGUAUAAGGCUUGAUAUAGCCUAUGCUAUAAGUGCUGCGAGUAGAUAUCAAUCAAAUCCAGGAGAGAAACACUGGUUAGUAGUUAAAACAAUCUUUAAGUACUUGAGAAUGACUAAAGAUUUAAUACUGAGUUAUGGAGGUUCAGAAUUAAAAAUUCAGGGAUACUCAAAUUCUGAUUUUCAAUUAGAUGUGGAUGAUAGAAAGUCUACAUCCGGAUUCAUCUUUACAUGUAAUAGAGGAGCAAUUAGUUGGAAAAGUUCCAAGCAGUCGACCACUGUCGACUCCACUAUAGAAGCUGAAUAUAUUGCCACUUCAAAAGCAGCAAAAGAAGGUGUGUGA